UAACAUUUUACGACAUCUGUCGGAAACUAGUUCUCUCACUAACGUGGGCACUUGAUGUGAUGAUGAAACCUUGUGAAAGUUGAUUUAGCCAUAUUUUAGUGAUUUUUGAGGUUUUGGAGGAUUGUGAAACGUCUUUAAGUAACAAAGCAUGGAUGUCAAUGGUUUGACUGAGAAAAUGGAGUCUACUUCAGUAUCACUCUCACCUGAUGAAAAAUUUACAAUCAUCAAAAGAAACCUUCAGGAAAUAAUCGGAGAGGAUAAACUGAUGUCCGUCCUGAAGGAGAGAGAUGUGAAGGUGUACUGGGGGACUGCCACCACCGGUAAACCCCACGUGGCCUACUUUGUUCCCAUGUCCAAGAUAGCUGAUUUCCUCAGGGCCGGGUGUGAGGUCACCAUUUUGUUUGCUGAUUUACAUGCCUACCUAGACAACAUGAAGGCCCCGUGGGAUCUCCUGAGUUUGCGAGUCCAGUAUUACGAGAGAGUCAUAAAAGCCAUGCUCAAAUCUAUAGGAGUUCCACUGGAGAAACUCAAGUUUGUCAAGGGAUCUAACUACCAGCUCAGCAAAGAGUACACAUUAGAUGUGUACAGGCUGUCGUCCAUGGUAACGGAGCAUGAUGCCAAGAAGGCGGGAGCAGAGGUGGUCAAACAAGUGGGGAAUCCCCUACUGAGUGGUCUCCUGUACCCAGGACUACAGGCCCUUGAUGAAGAAUACUUAAAGGUGGAUGCCCAGUUUGGUGGGGUGGAUCAAAGGAAGAUCUUUACUUUUGCUGAAAAGUACUUGCCUCAUUUAGGAUAUACCAAACGAAUUCACCUCAUGAAUCCCAUGGUACCUGGCCUUACUGGAGACAAGAUGAGUUCCUCAGUGGAGGACUCUAAAAUCGAUCUGUUGGAUUCCCCAGCUGCUCUGAAGAAAAAGCUGAAGAGAGCUUUCUGUGAACCAGGCAAUGUGAAAGAUAAUGGUGUCCUUUCUUUCUGUCAACACGUGUUGUUCCCACUCAGAGCCAAAGAGGGUUUUCUAAUAAAGAGGGUACCCGAAUUUGGUGGAGACACAGUGUAUGCAACAUACGAUGAGCUAGAGAAGGCUUUUGCUAAACAGGAAGUACACCCAGGAGACUUGAAGAUCGCUGUUGAGGGUUAUCUAAACGAGCUGCUGGAGCCUGUUAGGAAGGAGUUUGAAUCUGCAGAGAACAAAAAGCUGGUGGCACAGGCCUACCCUGUAGAGAAGAAAAAGAAGCCUGGUGCUGGGAAAGCUGUACCAGAUGAAUUGGUUCCUUCUUUGUUAGAUCUACGGGUCGGCAAGAUCCUUGAAGUCAAAAAGCAUCCCGAUGCUGAGUCCUUGUACAUAGAAACAGUGGACAUUGGUGAGGAAAACCCUCGGACAGUGGUCAGUGGUCUGGCUGGACUGUACCCUAUGGAGCAGCUACAAGACAGACUGGGAGUGUUCCUCUGUAAUCUAAAGGCAGUCAAAAUGAGAGGCGUAGAAUCCCAAGCCAUGUUAAUGUGUGCCUCAGUAGAUGAGCCACGCGCUGUAGAACCUUUAGAUCCACCCCAGGGAAGUGCACCAGGGAACAGGGUGGUGUUUGAGGGAUUUGAGGAGGGAAAACCUGAGGAGGAACUGAAGCCCAAAAAGAAAGUCUGGGAAAAAUUACAGGCGGACUUAAGAGUCAAUGGUGAUAGUAUAGCAGAAUGGCAGGGCAAUGUAAUGAAGACCAAUCUAGGGAACGUCACGACCGCCAGUCUAAAAUGCGUUCCUAUCAAAUGAAAAUGUCUUCUGAAUAGUUUUACGACAGCGGAAAACGUGCUUCAUUAUUUAUUAUUAUGUCCUGUUGUGUUUUAAUGAUUUUAACCAAUGAAACACAAAACUGUGAAUGUCUUAAAAAUCUGUCAAUGUGAAGAAUCUGUCAAUGUGUACAUGUUUUUGGGGUAAAAUGCAAGUAUUUGUAGUUACUGCCAUGUAUUCUGCACAUUUCAGAGAUUUUUAGACGAUAAGAAAACCAUUUCAGAUUAAUAUGCAUUUUAUCUAGACAGAACUUGAUGACCACUUCAAAUUUUACAUUUUGUACAUACACAUAUGUACACCCACCUGGUGAGAAACUCAGUAUAGAGAAGAUCACAGAGUGCUGUGACACUUAGGGCAGAUCAGUGGAACUUUACACUUUAUUCAAGUGAAGAUUUUAAAAAUAUUUCUACAUUACAAGCAUUAGUCAUCGGAAUAAAGUUAAAAUGAACUUGUAGAAAA